AUGUUCAGUUCACCAUUGGAUGAAGUUGAAAAUGAUGAAGUUCAUAUUGUUGGACGAGGAUCAAAUGAAAAUAAUCAAAUUGAACAAGAAUUAACAGCUGGAGAUAAUGUUUUAAAUAAAUUAGUAUUUGAAUUUGAAGAUUUUGAUUUAUCAACAAUGAGUUUAACAAGUGGUGAACAACAUCAUAAUACAACAAAUGGAAAUUUACAUGAAAAAAUAGAAUAUUUAAUGAGACAAGAAGAUGCGAAAUAUAUUCUUAAAUGGCAUUUUGGUGUUAAAUUAUUUCGUGCAUGGAUUGAAAAUAAAAAUAAACCAAUUAGACAAAGAUUAUUUCAACAAAAUGUACGUGUUAGAAAUUUAUCAUCAAAUGAUAGUGAAAAUAAUUUAUCAAAACGUCUUUAUCGAUCCGAUCCAUUAUUAUAUCGUGCUGAUGAAUUAAAUACAGCACUUUGUCUUUUUUUAAAAGAAAUUCGAGAUUUAUAUGAUGGAGAUUCAAUUUAUUAUCUUUGUUUGGGUAUUCAACAUUAUUUACGUGAAAAUCGUCCAUUAUCAUCAUUAUCAUCAACAAUAACAACAACAACAACAACAACAACAACACGUCGUUUAAAUGAAGGACAUUUUUAUCGUACAGAAUCAAUAUUUUUUGAUUCAACAUUUUUUCAGUUUCAAUCAAAACUUCAUUCAAUUCUUGUUCGUUUUUGUCAUCAUCGUGAUCCAUCAAGACCAUUAUCAAUGCGUGGACCAACAUCUUCAAAUAUUGAUGAUCGUCCAUCACGUAUUGAAGAAGAAUUAUUAUGGGAAGCGAAACAAUUAGGUGCACAUACACCAUGGGUUUUAUUAAAUACGAUUUUAUAUUUCAAUACAAAAUAUUUUUUUCUUAAAACUGUUAAUGAACAUCAAGUUUUAUCAUUUUCAAAUGUUAGACGACAUUAUAAAAGAAAUGUUGGACCACAUGGAGAAGAAUAUGGAAAAUCAGUUUAUUUAAGAUAUUAUCCACCAUCAACAACAAUUCAUGGAAUGGAAGAACAACAAUUAAUCUAUGAACAAGCUGAAAAUUAUGAUGAUCCACUUCGAUGUCCAGUUAAAUUAUUUGAAUUUUAUUUAACAAAAUGUCCCGAAAGUGUUAAAUGUCGACAAGAUGUUUUAUAUUUAUUACCUGAAGCAACAUGUGUACCUGAAUCACCACUUUGGUUUUCAUCUCAACCAUUAUCUGCUUCAACAAUGGAUCAUAUGUUAACGAGAAUAAAAACUGUACGGGAUGUUAAUGAUAUUCAUUUAUCAAUGAGUCAAACAUCAUUUGAUAAUAAUAAUAAUCAAGGACGAUCGUAA